AUGAAUACUUCUAAUUUACUGCAGGAAAAUUCUGAAGAAGGGAGAGUCAGUAUUUACAAAUUGGUGAUCAUCAAUAUUUCUAAGGAGAUGAUGUGCUUCAGUGACAACACCAUCCCAGAUCAUUAUCUUAACUUCAUGCACAAUUCCCAGUAUUUCAGGAUGUAUGUCAAAGACAACCUUUUAAAUUAUAUCCAGUUCAAGACCACUGUGUACAGUGUGAAGGAGAGGCCUGAUUUCUCUAGUUCAGGCCAAUGGGAGGUGGUCACUGAGUGUGAGGGAAAAAAGGUUAAUGUCUUUGAUGGAGUCAUGGUUUGCACUGACCAUCACACUAAUGCUCACUUAUCCCUGGAAAGCUUUCCAGGAAUUGAGAAGUUCAAAGCACAAUACUUCCAUAGUCAAGACUAUAAAAACCCAGAAGCAUUGGCUGGAAAAAGAGUCUUUAUAAUUGUUGAGAAUUCUGGAGUAGAUCUGGCUGCAGAGAUUAGCUACACAGUCAAACAGGUAUUCCUCAGCACCAGGAGUGGGGCUUGGAUCCUGAAUUGUGUAGGGGACCAUGGAUAUCCUUUUGAUGUGGUACACUUUUCUCAACUUAAUUAUCUUAUAUCAAAGAUAUGUGGCCAAGCACUAAAUAAAUACAUUUUUGGAAAAGGUAUGAAUCAAAGAUUUGAUUAUGAAACAUUUGGCCUGAAGCCUAAACACAGAGCUCUGAGUCAGCAUCCAAUAGUAGAAGAUGAUCUGCCAAAUAUAAUUUCUGGCUUGGUAAAAGUGAAAAGAAAAGUGAAGGAAUUCACAAAGACAGCUGCCAUAUUUGAGGAUGGCUCCAGAGAGAAUGACAUUGAUGUUGUUAUCUUUGCCACAGGCUGUAGGUUUGCCUUUGCUUUUCUUGAAGUUUCUAUCAAAGUGGUGAAAAACAAUAUAUCCCCAUAUAAAAAAGAUCUUCCCCCCAACCUACAAAAGUCAAUUCUUGCUAUCAUAGGCCUGAUUCAAACCUUAGGAGCCAUUAUGUCCAUUGCAGAGCUCCAAGGACACUGGGCCACUCAAGCAUUUAAAGGGCUAAAGAAAUUUUCCUCACAAAGUGAAAUGAUGGCAGGUAUAACUAAAAUUCAAGAGGAAAUGGAAAAAGGAAGAAAUUCUCCCAGGAUGAUGUAUGUGGAGAGCCAACAUCAUACCAUUCAGGGAGACUACAUUGAUAGCAUGGAAGGGAUUACUGAUUUUGUGGGAGUCAAGCCUAAUCUGUCUCUGGCCUUUACUGACCCCAAGCUAGCAUUACAGUUAUUUUUGGAACCCUGUACUCUGCUCGAGUUUCAUCUACAUAUCCCUGGAAAGUGGAAUGGGGUUUGA